CUAGAUCCCUCCCUGGUGCCACGGCAGCCGAGUGUGCGUCAAAUCUAAAGAAAAUCUACACAGUACAAACAGUACAGAUAUUCUGGAGUGUAUACAAUAACAUCCCUCCUGUGACUAGCCUGCCUUUGAGAUGUAGUUAUCAUUUAAUGAGAGGAGAGAGGCGACCACUUUGGGAAGAGGAGAGUAAUGCAAAGGGUGGUGUAUGGAAGAUGAAAGUCCCCAAGGACAGCACGUCCACAGUUUGGAAAGAGUUGUUGUUAGCAACUAUCGGGGAACAGUUCACAGACUGUGCCGCAGCAGAUGACGAAGUAAUAGGAGUUAGUGUCAGUGUUCGUGACCGAGAAGAUGUCGUCCAAGUCUGGAAUGUAAAUGCCUCUUUAGUGGGUGAAGCGACUGUUUUAGAAAAGAUCUAUGAACUUCUGCCCCACAUAACUUUUAAAGCAGUAUUUUAUAAACCCCAUGAAGAGCAUCAUGCUUUUGAAGGUGGACGUGGAAAACACUAAUUGCACUCUGUAAAGAAUUCUUUGUCCUUUGCUGAUUGGUUUUGGAAACGGUCUUAACAGGAGGGAGAGUGAAGAGAAGACUUGCCGAAGCCUGAUGCUGGUCAAUUUAGAGUGGGUUUCUGUCCUUGCAGAUUGGGCAAUUAGGACUCAAAAUAGCAGGUGGGGUGGGGGGAUAUUGUAUGGGUUUCUACAGUCACAAUUACUUGCUUUUUAAAAAAAAAUUUUUUUUUUUGGCUUUCUAAAUUCUCUGUUCUUUUCACUCUGAUUUUUUUUUUUUUUUGCCCUUUAAAAUUCCUUAUUCAGUCUAAUUAUUGUUUUCUACACUCCCUUUCACUGAGGCUCAAGAAAUUGGUUUCCCUUUAAGUAGCUCUGCUGUACCUAGCUAAUGAGAAUAUGCAUAGUCGUGACAAUGCUGCUUUUCAAAACCACACUGUACGAGGAGGAAUACUAGCUUGGUGAAACCUGUCUUCUGAUUAUUUGUUGUGACACAUUCCUACGUACUAUGAGCUGGGCAUUGUUUGUUUUCUGUCCCAGGGAAAAGAAAAACCAUACUUAGUCUGAUCUUGCACUGACAGCAUACACACAUCUUUUAUUUUUUCUUUUAAAAACUUUUUUUUUUUUUAGCAAUAAGAAGAAAAUAAUAGUUGGGUUACCUAACAUGAAAACUAUAAUCACAGUUUAGUAUCAGGAUAUAAAGCAAACUGUAGUUAUUUGGACCCUCUGUAGAAAUAUUGCUAAUCAGAAUUUCAAUUUGGCCUUUUCAAUGAAAGCCUUAGAGUAGUAGCAAGGAAUUUCUCCCAAUAGGAAACCUAAUAUUUCUGAUUUAAAGUGGAGAUGGUAUUUUACUUGUUUGAAUUAGUUUCUUCCAAAGUUCGGGUGUGUUUAUCCACUUAGGGCUUUCCAAAUCAAUUCUAACACAUUUUGAUCAGUGAUCCCCUUUUCCUACUCAUACUGAGUGUCAUUUCUGAUCAUCGACAGUCCUCUAACUCGGGCAGCUCUCCCCACCCUUUUUUAUUUAGCAGCAGGAAAUUAAAUCUCUUUUUUCAGGAUGAAUGUGAACAUUCACAAAGUUGAACUUUGAGUGCAUUCUGUCCAUAUUAAUUGUUGAAAUUGCUGGUAUAUAUUGUAUUAUGCCACCAAAGAAAUACUGGUUUUAGCAGAAGAAAACAGCCACCCUCUGAACAUUGAAGCUUGCUCAGAAAGUGCUGAUGUCUCUCUGUUGACCCUGCCAAACCUCUGGCUGCUUUUGCCUGAUACAGGGCAGGGCCAUUUGAAGAGGGUUCCUCAGGUUGGCUUGCCUUUGGUGUCACAAGAGCUAGCGCAUGCUUAUGCUUUUUCCAAAAGGGUGGUACACUCAGAACUUCAUUGUUUCCAGGAUCUUUAAUUCCUCUUGCAGUGCUGGCCAGCAGAGAGAGGUGGGGCUACUUGAAGCUUCUAACAUGUGUUUGUAAAUAAAGUUCUUCAUUCAAAUAUUUUAAAGGACUUUCAACAAUAUCUAUUUAUAAAAGUCAUGCCCUUCACUUGAAUUACUAACCACAUCAACCAUAAUAAUCAUCAUAAUUCUUUUAAAUUUUUUUUCUCAAAGAGUAUCUUCAGUGACUUCAGAAAUGAGAAUAUCAGGCCCAUUUAGCAAAAGGCUGGGAAUUUUUUCUCCAAAAGUUGUACUAACAUUCAAUUUGUUUUAAAAUUAUGACUCAAGGAUUUUUUAAAAAGUAUUCUGAAUAUGAACUAAAUUUUUUUAAUAUAAAUAUUUUUCUGAUAGAUAAAAAGAUAUAAUUCACUUCACUAUAAUUGUCAUAUAUAUUUCCAUAAGUAAAUGGAUUUUGAAGUAUUUUUAUUUUUUGAACUUUAUUUAAAGCAUUUGUGAUGACAUGUUCAACUUUUGCAUGUAUGUAGCCUUUGAAGUAUGUAGUCUUUGAAGUAAAAAUAAAAUAAAUAGGAAUGUUAGGUUCACAUUAAUGCUUUCUAGUUUCUAUUGUUUAUGAUCAUGGAACAUGAACAGAUUUUGUCCCAGUGAACUUCUGCAACUAUUUCUGACCCCUUGGAAAAUACCAACUGUGAGAAGGAUUUAAUUUGCCUAAUGUUAAAUACCUAUUAUCUAAACUACUUUUAAGAGAGGAUUUUGUCAGAUUUUUCUUUGGAAAUUGUUUUAAUUGAAUAUUUAGUCAUAAUAGACUUUGUAUGAACUAAGCUGAUUUAAUCAGUUUAAAAACCUCUCAUUAGCGUCUUAGAUUAAAGAAGCUAAUACACUUUUGAGAUACAAGGAAAUAUUUUGUGGGGCAUGUGACUUUUGUAUUAGGGCAGUUUACCCAUCUUGGCCAAUGCUGGGGCAAGUGUGAACCUCCAGUAGAAUUCUGGUCUUUUCAGCCAAGUCCUUACAGGUGCAGCCCUUGUGCUCUCCACAGCGAGCCAUGCAGAAACCAAAGCGCUCACUUUCUUGUCUUUGUAAUUCCUUAGGGUCUGUGAUACAGAGCCAGGAAAUCUAAUUGUCACUAAUAUGCUUUCUCUCCUCCCAUUAUUCCCUAGAUUUUCAUAUCACAGGCACUUGCUUACAUUGGGAACAUUACACUCAUUAAAUAAGGACAAGUAAUACCCAUUUAAAGUAACUUGUCUGUAUUUUGACUUUUGUAAGCACGUUCUCAAGUGCUCAAUUAGUUUUAAGGUUUCCUCUUUUUCCCCAACUUUUCCACAUUUCUGAAAUGAGGGUAUAGUUUACAAAAAACAUGUACAUUUAAUAUAAUGUUGCUAUUAGAUCCAUGGUACACUUGGAGAAAAAACUUGAAAAGGAAAAUACAACUCUAGUAAACCCUAAGUAAGAUUAAGUUGACUCUGACCUUCUCACCCCUCUUCUUGAACUUAGCUCAUGUCUGCAUCAUACACAGUCACGAGGCUUUAUAGCUCAUAGAAACUUUAGAUAUAAUUGGGUCCAGUAGACAUAAUAUACAAUCUACCAGCUGAGCCUUAGCCGAUCUUGCCCCUUGUUAAAGACGUAGGGCUAGCAAGUCCCAGGGUUGGGGAUUGAGGGCCACAAGCUAUGUCCCAGUGCAGGCUCUUAAGUGGAGGACACUCAAAGUCUGUCAACCUAACUUUCCCAAUAAGUCACCCUGAUCAGGCACUAAAUUUCUGAUCCAGUCCUGCUGCUGAUAUGUCUACAUAUCAGACGUCCUCUUUGUCAAUAGUUCCUCUUUCUCUCCCUUUCUCUCUCUCUCUCUCUCUCUCUGUGACUGAAGUGGCAUUAGAGUUUGGAGUUUGAAAAUAACCUUGCUAUGACAGGAGGUGGGCUUUUGCUGUUAGAUGCUCAACUCUUAGAGUAUCCCAACUUUUGUCCUUCCACAAAACUGACAGCAUUUGGAACGAUCACAUGGUGGCGCUGCCUUCCAGCCAACAGUUCUGGCUCAGCGACUGAAUUUAUCCAGCUAUGUUUGUGGAAUUAUUUUAAGAUCCUACUGCAUUUUGCUCUUAUCCUUUUAUAAAAAUUUGACUAGAAAAUGUAAAAAUGAAACUUGGCGAUAAGAUAUUUAGCUCUCAUACACCUAAUAAAAAUGUGUUAAAGAUAGAACUCUCCAAAUGUGCUUUAAAACCUCCCAUCUUAGGCUCUAUUGGCCCUAUAGCAUUUGUGAAGAGAAAGAAUAAAAUAAACUAACAUAGAGGAAAUAUUUCAACAAUAUUAUGCCCAAAGAGAGAAAAUUAGGGUUUUUUAGCUUUCUAAAUAUGGAACUUUCUUUUAAAAAUGUAAGUCUAUCCAUCACCCUCUCUAUAUUUUAUGUUUCUAUAAGAUUUCACUCAUUACAAAUGAAAGUAGAGGACUGCCUGUAUAUUGCUUAUUUCUUAAAAUAAUACAUUGAGAUCAGUUGAAAUUACUCAAGAGUUUUUGGUGGCUCAGGAUUGUAAAAAGCCUGGAUAAUUGUCUCUACAGCUGGGAGGAGUCAGAGGGCGAAGAGGAAAAAGAUAGGGUCCGAGGUGCAAUGAAGAGUCCCUUAGCAGUUAGAGUGGGUUCCCCCUUUACUUCUCCCAAGAAGAAAAACAUGUCAAAUAGAUCCCUUACACAUCGGACUAUACUGCUCUGGUUUUGUUUUCGAUUAUUUUUACAUAUGCUUUCAAAUCUAAGAACACCUCUGAUUUAGGUUAACCCAUUGAGGCCAAAAGUCACCAUCUUGUGUUCUAGAGAUUCUUUUAUGUUACCAGUAUGACUCCAUUAAAAAAAAACAACAACAGAAAAACUAGGGACUCUAAGAAUUUUAGAGCAAAAGGGACCUUCGAGAUCAUCUACCAGGGAUUCUCAGCCCUUAGCAUGCAGAAGAGUCACUCAGGUGCUUCCUUAUGCAGAUUUCUCAAUCCCAACCAUAGAAGUCUGGGAGGAUUAGACACCUGCAUUUUUAGCAAGCGCCCCAGUGACUCUAAUGCUGAGGGGGCUCAGACCUCUCUUUGGGAACCCCUGAUUUUUUCAAUCUCCACAUAUGACAAAUUAGUAAAGUCCCCUCCCCACUCCUCAGCUCUCUCAGGUGACCUGUUGUGAAUAUAUAAUAUCAACAAUCUUAUGAAGGCUGGAGAAAGCCAUUACUACUGCAACUUAAGUCGAUGAUGCUCUUAAAUAAAAGCUUUAUGGCUAAGACCACAGCAGUCAUAGAAGCCCAUCUCUGGAAGUUCAUCAUGUAAAGUCUUUAAUACAGAGUGGUGGCUUUUCUCUUUUCUAAAUACCAUUUCUGCCUUUUAAGAGAAAAGAAAUUAAUGUUCAGAAAAAAGUAGUUACUCCAUAUGUGCAGUAACUACUUUUCUAUAAUGUCUUAUGGCAUCAGGGGUUCAGCAUCAUUGAACAAGAUUAAAUGAAUGUUAUAGAGCUAUAAAAUUGCAUGUAAAAUAACGCAAAACUGUUCCAGUGACUAUCAAAGUAGCCUGGGAAUGAAUUUCCACUAAAAUUAAUUGUCACUUUCUAAACGUAGCUUAGUAAAGCUUUUACCAAACUGGAGGGAUCCUUUAAUACUUAGAAGUGUCAAAGAAAUUAAAUAAGUAUUCCCUAACCCAUGUGAAUAAUAAGCACAAGUCAUUGUGAAGUCGAUAUUUUUUGUUCAUCAUUACGAUCGAAAUUUAGAGUCCCAUUGUAUAUGUGUGUGUUGACUUUACCUUAUUAGAAUAUCCAAUAAAAUAGCCUGUGGAUAUUCUAUGCUCUUGUGUCCUUCAGAAAUCAUGAGGUUGAAUAAAUCUGUGUUAAAUGUUUUUGUUUGGGAUGCGACCUGAAAAAAGUUAUCAACUCAUUUAAUGAAAUGCAAUAUUUCUUUAUGAAAACGUCAACUUAUAUUGAGGUCAGAUAAUUUUUCUUGAUCUUUUAUUUUUAAAUAAGUCUUUAUUUGGGAUUUAGUAACGUGUCAAUUUUGCAUUAUA